CGACGCGGCAGUUACGAAGUUCCGCAGCCUAAUCGGAGCGCUAGACGCGUACCACGAUGCGCGUGAAAAUGGGGAGACGUUCGAGGAGCAGGACUACGUCGACGAUUUGGCUCCUGCUUCCGCUGGCAGCACCGGUUUGCCUGACCAGCGAGGAGAGGAACCACCCGCAACAAGCGCGCUUGAAGAACCACCCUACGAUACUCAGGCCCACCGCUCCGCGGUGCUGCAACGCUUCGCGGAAAUUUUUCGGCAGCUUCCGCAGAACAAGAGCACAAGCGAGUCGGCGACUUCGUCGUCUGAAACCCACACGCAGAUGGCUUUUUGGGCUUGGUUCUCGAAUUUGCGCGACGCCAUGGAGUUCGAACAAGAGGAGCUCCAGCGCGCGCUCGCCAAGCGGCCACUUUCGGCGCGCCGCAACGGACUGGCACCAGCUGCCAACCCGGAGGAAGAACGAUGGGACCGCAAAAUAAAUCGGCUUGCGGUCUUUCUCGACGAAAUCUUCGCUCCCGUUGGUUGGACAGCAGAUGAAAGCGAGACCUCCGCCGCGACGACGAGUGCAGGACGCCUGCAAGGGUACGAUGAGCUAGUACAGCGUCGCCGGUGCGUUUUACCAGGCGGAAAAGAGCCUUCCCCCGCUCGUCAACCCGAAGAGCGCAAGGCCCUUUAUUAUUUUUGCAUGGUGUCUAUUGUCUAUUAUUUUUGCAUGAUCAUGUUUAUGUCAGAGUCAGUCUAUUGAUGAUAUCAGGACCGCGUGAGUUGUGAUUGUGAAAUAAGUAGUGCCAAGCUCCCGGGCGGUUUCCGGGUUAACUGUCGCCCGCAGGGGCUCUUUUCCACAGGAUACAGACGCGGUCUGAGCCAGUGGCAUGGCUCGCAGUUCUGGUUGGGACUUCCGCUCCUGCAUCACAACUUUCACGUGGCGUACGUGGACUUUGACACCUACCUGCUGCGCCCGCCCGCCGCUGCGCUGCGGGCGAAGGCGGACGCUCUGGGUGUGGAUUUGUUGGUGGGCGGAAGCAUCCUGGACGACUGUAUCAACAAUGGAUUCUGGUGGAUGCGUCCCACCCUCGUGAUAUGCAGACGACGAGCGCGCGUUUCUCCACGCCCGGUUUCAACAUUGCAAGCGUUCCUUUGUAAUAGCACACGUCGCUCAUUGCGGCCGCACCGGUACAAGUUACCCACGAGCAGGGUCUUGGGUUUGAGCAAGGUUUUGCAUGCUGGCACCACACGCCGUGGAAUUGUCUUCCCUAAUCGAGAAACUGGCCUGGUUCCGCAAGACCGGCUCAGGUUCACCCUAGCUUAGGUGCAAGGUUGCAGUAAAAACGCAUUGUGAUAAAAACCGGGUGCAUUUGUGAGGAGACAGCUGUUUCCUUUGAUACAUGAUGAAGCGCUGGUUCCUCAAGUUUGCAGCGUACGUCUACCGCCAUCCCGAGGGCUGCCACCAAAAGCUGAUGAGCGCCAUGCUCGGAGACAACCUGGCUUAUCAGCGUCGGGCAGAAAGGUGGACCUUGCCGUACGUGGGGAAAAAGAAACUAUUCCAGUUCUACCGCUACUUCAACGACGAUGCCCUGACAGAAAGGAAAAGUGAAAGCAAUAUCCACUCUGAAACUACAAUUUUUUUCACCUCAGGGACAGGGAGUAUAUAUUACUGGCAUAUAUUUGCCACGUCGCGAACAGAUUCAAAUCAUCAUUUGUCACGUCGCGAGGUGAUUGAUGUGGCCUGGGAAGGUGAGCAUGUGUAUGACCAUGAGCAUACUCAAUCUCAGAUAGCAGCUCUAGCAAUGCAAAACUUUGUUUGUGUAGGAGCAUAGCAUGAUUUGCCCCAGUUCUAGCUGCGAACGCAAGUAAGUAUGCAUGCUCUUACGGAUCGAUGACAUCAUAUCCCCUGGCCCCGGGUUUUCAAGGUGAUGUAUGGUGCGGAACAGCGUCUACAAGUCAUGGAGGAAAAGAUUGCGCAAGAUGUCGCAGAGGACGGGAGUGCGGUCAUCCCACGGUGGGCUCCGCUGGACCCUCGCACCCUGUGGGGACACGCGUUUCAUUACGACGAGGAAGCGCCAGAUGGCGAAAGUACAUUGCUGGCAUUUCACUUUGAAGCCGGAGGCUGGGUCGAGAAUAAGGAGACAGUCCAGAUGAACGACCGUUUUCGAGAGCAACUGCUCUCCGGGAACGCUGAGCAUCGUGACCAGCUUGGAGAGACGAGGACAGACGAAGCGGCUGUUGCGUCCGGCGCCGAGUUUUCUUUCUUUUAUGGGCCGGAGGGGCCACCAUCUCCAGUGCGGAUUCGCCACUUCCUGCGUUCGCGCCGGUUGCAGAGUCUACCGAAGAAACUGAAGGUUUGUAACCAAAGCGGCCGCUACGCGUUCAGAGAAGAAGAUGCCGAGCAGGAGAGUGAUUCGGCGACCCGCGGCGACCCAGCGAUAUCGGUCACAUAG